AUGGCGCCGCCGGUGACCGGCUUCCCCAUCAGCAGCCCCAUCCACGGCGCCGGCGCCGGCACGGUCGCGGCCAGCCAGUGGUCCUCCGGCCUCUGCGCCUGCUUCGACGACUGCGGCCUCUGCUGCCUGACGUGCUGGUGCCCGUGCAUCACGUUCGGGCGGAUCGCGGAGAUCGUGGACCGCGGCGCGACGUCGUGCGGAGCCGCGGGGGCCAUCUACACGGUGCUGGCCUGCUUCACGGGCUGCCAGUGGAUCUACUCCUGCACGUACCGCUCCAAGAUGCGCGCGCAGCUCGGCCUCCCCGACGUCGGCUGCUGCGACUGCUGCGUCCACUUCUGCUGCGAGCCAUGCGCGCUCUGCCAGCAGUACAGGGAGCUCAAGGCCCGCGGCUUCGACCCCGAGCUCGGCUGGGACAUCAAAGCACAGAAGGCGGCGGCCAACACCGCCGCCGGCAUGUACCCGCCGGCGGCGCAGGGGAUGGGCCGCUAA